UCUCUGAUAUCUCCACUAUCUAGAAUUGAUAAUGGAGAAGAAAAUAGAGCUGAUUUGCAUUCCUUCCCCAGGCACUAGCCACAUAGUAUCCAUGCUUCAGAUGGCCAGGCUCAUGGUGGCCCGAGACCAACGCAUCUCCAUCACCGUUCUGCUCAUCAAACGACCCGCCUCCAGUACCGACCUAACCAGCACUUCUUUCGAGGAGAACAACGACCAAACAAGCAUAAGAUUCGUCCAUUUGAGGGAACCCGACCCUUCGAACUCACUCAUACAUUUAGAUGAACAAGCCCGUUUCUUUGCCAGCACCGGAGAGAUCCAAAUACCCAUUGUCCGUGAAGCCAUAGUUGCCGAGUUCAUGGGUCGACCCGGAUCAUUAGGGAAUCUCGCAGGAAUACUAAUGGACAUGUUCUGUGCCUGCAUGGUUGAUGUAGCAAAGGAAUUUCAAGUCCCUUCUUAUAUAUACUUCCCCUCUAACGCUUCUUGUUUAGGUUUAAUGAACCAUAUGCAUGCCAUGAUAGAACAAGAAGAAGGAUCCGAAUUCAUCAAUUCGGAUCCGGUUCUUAACAUACCCAUCUUCUCCCACCCUUACCCGGCCAAUGUUCUUCCUAUAACAAUGAUCUAUAAGAACCACAACACGACCACAUUGCUUGGCCUAACUAACAAAUUUAAAGAAUCCAGUGGCAUUGUCGUAAAUACAUUCUCUGAGCUAGAACCGGUGGCGAAUAGAGAAAAUGAGAAACUGGGACCGAUUUAUCAUGUGGGUCCGCUUGUGAAUUUCGAGAAGAGCAUUGGAAGAGACGAGAUGAUGCGUUGGCUGGAUGAUCAGCCUCGUUCUUCAGUGGUGUUCCUCUGUUUUGGGAGUAUGGGUAAUUUCGUGGAGGAGCAAGUGAAGGAGAUCGCGGUGGCGUUGGAGCGUAGCCGGUGCCGGUUCAUAUGGUCGUUGAGGAUGUCGCGGGAGGUACUUCCGGAAGGGUUUUUGGAGAGGACUUGUGAAUUGGGGAAAUUGAUUGAGUGGGCGCCACAAGUGGACAUUUUGUCGCAUGUUGCGGUUGGGGGAUUCGUGUCGCAUUGUGGGUGGAACUCUAUUUUGGAGAGUUUGUGGUAUGGUGUGUCGGUCGCGGCUUGGCCUUUGUAUGCGGAGCAACAGAUGAAUGCGUUUUUGUUGGUUAAGGAAUUGGAGUUGGCGGUUGAAGUUAAGAUGGAUUAUAGGCAGAAUGAGAAUCAAAUUGUGGCGGCUGAAGUUAUUGAGAACGCGAUAAGGCGGUUGAUGGAUGGUGGGAGCGAUAUGGAUGAGAUGAGGAAGAGGGUUAAGGAUUUAAGCGAGACGAGUAACAUUGAUCGAAGGAGGAUCUUCUUAUAACUCUAU